CUUGCACAACGAGAAUUGUUAUGAAACUUGCCGCACACGCAGUCGGCAAACAACAACCAUUUCUGCAGGAAGCUCAACAAUAAAACUGCCUCCAGCGUAACGAUGUCGAUCAAGGUCGGUGGAGCAUUCCGGCGGUCGGGUGGCAUCGUAUCGGCCAUCGGCAAGCAGCUGAAACUGGUCAACCUAAAGGGUGUGCAGCGCAUCACGGCCACCUUCGACCCGUUCGACGAGAGUGCCGUUCCAACGAGAGAAUUUGUGCACCAUCUUUCCGCCCCGAAGAUAUCGCAGACCAAUCCAACCUGCCUGCUCAAGACAGAGGUCGUGUGCGAUCGAAGGCCCCCAUCCAUCGUCUUCCAGCUAAUACCAUCGGUGCAGGCUGAAGCAAAGCUGAAAAAGAUUGAGCUGAGCAGCGCCAACCUGUCCACGCUCGAGCUGCUCAAGCUCUGCAACAAGCACGUGAGCGCACUGGCGCCGAAGGAAAUCGCCACCAGCGUGGUCAAGACCAAAUCGGAGAAGAAGGCGGGCGGAGCGGGUGGUGGUGGCAAACGGCGCUAA